GGGCGCACGCCGAGGGCGGAGCCGGGCUCACGUCUGCGUGACAGUUGUCGCGGGGGGAGGGCGAGCCCAGACUAGGGGGAGGGAGUGUAAAUAGAGCGAAGGCGGCGGCCUUCGACCCCGUCACCUCUCGGGCGCCCCGCGAGAAGCCCUGGAGGGUAUGGAAGAAGACGAGCAGGAGCAGCGGCGCAGGAAGGUGGAGGCCGGGAGAGCGAAGCUUGCUCACUUCCGACAGAGAAAAACAAAAGGUGACUGUGCGCAUCCGAAGAAAAAGACGGCGAAGAGGAAGGGCCCGGCUGUCGAUGCGCUUGUCCAGGAGGAGGGCCCGGUAGCCACCAAGGAUGGUGGACUCCUGGGAAGAGGGGACGUUUGCGAAGACGCGUCGUGCAGUGACACCCCCGAGGGAGCACAGGCAGUGCAGCUGGAGGACCCCAGUGGAGAGAGGACAGGGCACUCGGAGCAGCCACAGCAGAAGCUGGAUGGCGACCACUUGGAACAGCCUGAGGAUAUCACAAAGGAAUGCGAACAAGAACGUAAGCUAGAAUUUGCAGAGCUGACGAGAAGACCGAAGGAUGCAGUUGGCGCACAGCAGCAGGUGGCCGUGGGGCUUCAGCGGCCGACAGAGAUGCAGCAGCCGGUGCCCUCGCUGGAGCUGGAGGCGCUGCGCCUGAGUCUGAGCAACAUGCACGCCGCACAGCUGGAGCGCAUGCAGGCCACCCUGCAGAGGGAGAAGGAGGCCGCGCUGACCGAGUUGCAGGCCGCGCUCAACGGCCGUCACGCCCAGGAGUUGGCCCUGCUGCGGAGCCAGCAGCAGCACCAGCAGGCGCGGGCCCAGGAGCAGCACGCACGGGAGCGCGAGGAGAUGGAGCUGCGCUGCCACCAGGAAACAGCUGAGCUGAAGGAGAAGUUACAGUUAGAAAUGGAGAAGAACGCACGGAUGCUAGAGAACCUGAAGCGAGAAUGGGAAGCCGAGAGAGAGUUAUGCUUAGAAAACCUACGCAGAGAAUUGUCUGCAAAGCAUCGGUUGGAGUUGGAGAAUUUGCAAGACCAGCUUAAGAACGAACUGGCAGAACAGAAAGCGGAAUUGGAGAAGAUUUUUCAAGCCAAAAAUCAGGCUGAAUGUGCGCUGAGGACUCUGGAGACCCAGCAGGAUGCGGCCCUGAGGCAGCUGCGCGAGGACCUGCAGUCCGAGAGCGGUCGGCACGUGCGGGACUUGGAGCAGAGGCUCCGCGACCAGGAGGUGGCCAAGCAGCUCGAGUUAGAGAGCCUCCGAGCGUCGUACGCUGCGCUGAAGGCCCAGUCGCAGGAAGAGAUCCGGCGCCUGUGGUCCCAGCUCGAGUCUCCGGGACCCGACAGUCAGGACCCGAGCGGGUUCCACGACCAGCUCCCGGCCCGCACGCCUCACGGGGAGGAGCAAGAGCUCCGGAGACAGGACCCGCGGUGGCGGCAGCAGCGAGAGGAGUCUGUUCUCGAGUCUGCGCAAGUCAGUGCACCCGGGGUGUUUCUAGAAGAGAGGACUGGAGAAGGGAGAGAGCACCUCGAGGGACCCCGCCUUCAGCCGGAGGUGACGGCCCCUCUUCCCUGCAUUGAGGGAGCGGACGCGGAGCGCUCGUUUCAGGAGCACGAGUUAGAAGAAAACCACCGGAGCCUGUCCUCCCUGGAAGCCCGGCAGGAGGUGGGCCUCGAAGGGACCCCAGUGUUGGAAGGGGAGCAACAUGUGGGGCUCUCAGAAGGGCCCAGCGAAGAGCUCGCUCGGGCGCCUCUCCCGUGUGUGCAGGACGUGGCCUCGCAGGUGGAGACCGAGGUGGCAGCCAGAGUCUUGGGUUUGGAAACUGAGCACAAGCUUAAACUCUCACUUCUUCAGACGGAGCUCAAGGAAGAAAUUGAUGUCUUGAAACUAGAGAACAGAAAUUUGCACGAGAAGUUGCAGCACGCGGUCAGCCUGAAGGAGGACCUGGAGAGGGUAAAAUGUGACUUGGUUGAAGAUCUCCAGGAGAAGCUGAAGAAAGCGAAGGAGAAACUGGAGCUGAUGAAGCGGGAAUCCAGAGACAAAGAAGCAGGAUGGAAAGUGGCAAGUGAAAUCCUAAAGAGAAAAGCCGAAGAGGAACUUGCUCUGGCGCUGCUGCACCUGCGGGAGCAAGCCGAAGCCGAGAGGCAGUCCCUGAUGACCAGGUUUGAGCUGCGGGAGCUCGAAAUGAGGCAGCUUCAGGAUCAGCAGGCCGCCCAGAUCCGGGACCUGGAGGGGUCCCUGGUGGAGCAGCAGGGCCGCCUACGGCAGCUGGAGCUUGGCCUCACGGGGGAGGAGUGUCCGCAGUGUGGCCGGGAGCCAGGGGGCCGUCUGGCUCCCGAAGACCAGGGCGGGGAGCUCGCCACGCUCCGCCUGAAGGAGGACUGCGCCCUCCAGCUGAUGCAGGCACGGAACAGGUUCCUGAAGGAACGGAAAGAGAUCACGGAGAAGUUCGCAGCCGAGCAAGAUGCACUCCUUCGGGAGGCCCAGGAGAAGCACAGUCGCGAGCUCCGGCUGCUCCAGGAGAGACACCAGCAGCACGUGCUGUCCCUGACGGCUGAGCUCGAGGCCGUGCGCCGCUCGGAGCAGGAGGAGCUGAGAGCCUCCGUGGAGGGGGAGCAGCGGGCCCUGGCACAGGCCCGAGAGGCCGAGCUGCAGGCAGGGCACGCGGCCACGCUCCGGGCUCUGGAGGCCAGACACUUGUCCCACCUGGACUCUCUGGAGUCGCGCCACCGGUCGGAGGUGCAGGCCCUGCAGGAGCAGCACCGCCGGGCUCUGGAGCAGCUGAGCACAGAGCUGGGGAAGCAGCGGCAACACAAGGACGCCUCUCGCCCCGCGGCGCUGACUAGGGAGCAGGGCCAGGAGCUCCCGCCCGCAGACGGCGGCCUGACGGCGCAGACGGAUGCAGAUCCGGGGGCCGCCGGGGUCACGCUGCUCUACCCCGAACUGCUAGCCACGCAGCAGGGUGAAUUUGAAGGUGAAAAGAAAGCUGCUUUGCAUGAACAGGAGGAGAUCCCUAGGCUGGAGUGUGAGCAGGCACAGUCUCUUCACCGAAAAGAGGAAGAGUCUUUGUUUCUGCAGCUUCAGGAGAAGAAUGACCAAAUUCUACGGCUGAAAGACCAAAUUUUAUCCUUAAGUCAAGAAGUAGAAGAGUGCCAUUCUGAACUGGAGAAGCUCCAGCAAAGGCGUGAAAGGGAAAACCAGGAAGGCACAAAUCUCAUCUCGAUGCUGAAGUCCGACAUUGAUCUGUCUGACCGUGAAAGGAGAGCUCUCCGGGACGCUCUGCGGAGGCUGCUCACUUUGUUUGGAGAGACGCUGAGAGCUGCUGUCACCCUGAAGAGCCGUAUCGGUGAGCGUGUGGGGCUCUGUCUGGAGGACGAGGGCCUACCUGAUGUGCGGCCCGGUGGCCAGGCCCUGUUGGCAGCACCAGUGCUCGAUGAGACGUGGCCUGCGUCCGAGGCAGCCCUGUUGGAGCUGGACCGAACUUUGCCUGACUAUGCGGAGGUGUCUUCAGAGGCUGAACUUAGCAGUCACAUCUGUGAAAGCUUUUUCAUGAGCCCAGAAAGUUCGCUGGAGUGUGAGCAGCCAGUUAGGAAGCUCUACCGGAGCCUUGGCCUGGCGGUGGAUGGCCUGCUGGAGCUGGCUCUGGACUCCACCCGGCAGCUGGAGGAAGCACGUCAGAUCCAUUGCCGUUUUGAGAAGGAAUUCAGCUGUAAGAACGAGGAGACCGCACAGGUGGUUAGAAAGCACCAGGAGUUACUGGAGCGCCUGGAGGAGGCGAGCGCGGCCCGGACACAGCUGGUGCUGGAGCUGCACCAGGCUCAGGGCGUCAUCGAAGGGUUCAAGGUGGAGAAGGCCAGCCUGCAGGAGGUGCUGGGCCAGAAGGAGGCGGCCGAGCAGGGCCUCGCGGUCGAGCUGGAGAGCCUGAAGCAGCAGCUGCAGCGGGCAGCCCAGCAGCAGGCAGAGCUGAAGGAGGAGAACUCUAUCCUGUGCGCCCAGAAGGAGGCCUUGGCCGCGGAAGCGGAAGAGAGAGAAGCCAGCACUCCUGGUCCCGUAGCCCACGAGGACUCGGCUCUUCGUAGGGAAGUGGACGGUCUGACCCAGGAGCAGGCUGAGGCCAGGAAGCAGGCGGACAAGGACCGCGCCGUGCUGCUUUCCCAGAUGAAGGUGUUUGAGGCGGAGCUGGAGGAGCAGCUUGCUCGGCAGGAAGCGAGCGCCCAGCAGGCCGAGGAGCUCUGCGCGCUGAGGCAGCAGCUGGCGGCUCUGGACAAGCAUCUGCGGAGCCAGCGCCACUUCAUGGACGAGCAGGCUGUUGAGAGGGAGCAUGAGCGGGAGGAGUUCCAGCGGGAGAUCCAGAGGCUGGAGGAGCAGCUCCGACAGGUGGCCCGGCCGCGGCCCCGGGGCUCCUGCAUCAGCGACCAGGAGCAGCUGGAUGAGGAGGUUAAAUUGUUACAAGAAAAGUUGCGAGAGAAAUCAGAUGGGUUUAAUGAGUUGGCUGCGAAGAAGGAGUUGGCGGACAGACAGAUGUUAGUCCAGGAAGAGGAGAUCCGGCGUCUGGAGGAGACCAAUGCCAGCUGCAGGAGAGAGGCGGCCGCGCUGCGGGAGGAGCUGGAGAGGCAGAGGGAUGCCGUGAAAGCCUUGCAGCAGGAUAAGGAGGCGCUGGAGGAGCAGCAGAGGAGCCAGUUGCUUCUGAUGUCCACUCUGCAACCUGUGCCUCCCGCAGGCAGCCGUCCCGAGGGCCCCGAAGUCCAGUCAGAUGCUGUGCAGAGGGUGCUCCAGCAGCGAGAGCACGAGGUGUUGGACCUAAAAGAGCAGUUGGAAAAGAUUAAAGAUGACUUAGCAUGUAAGAGCAACGAGGUGCUGCAUCUGAACUCGAAGCUGGAGGCGCAGAGCAGCCGAGCCGCCCGUGCGUGGGAGCUUCAGGAGGAGAACGCCAGCCUGAAGGUGUUCCUGCAGAACAAAGAGGAUGAGAUCGUGCGUGUGAGCGAGCAGCUCGGGGCACAGCUGGCUGGCGUGGGAGGUGGCGCGCUUGGCGAGGUCCUGCAUGACAGGAGCUCCGAGGUCGAGGAGCUGAGAUCCAUCAUCGAGAACCUGCGAGAGAACCAGCAGCGCCUGCAGAGAGAGAAGGCGGAGGAGACGGAGCGGCUGCACGAGGUCAUCGAGAGGCUGCAGAGAGAGCUCUCGCUCGGGGGGCCCGCGGGGCCCGGGGCUGAGGGCGGCCAGCUGCCAGCCGUCCCCGCCGUGGGACCUGAGGCGCUGGCGGCGGCGGGGGCCACGGGCCAGCUGCUCGCGGAGCAGGAGUGCAGGCACGGCCAGGCCCUGGAGGCCCUGCAGCAGCGGCUACGGGCUGCGGAGGAGGCCGCUGCGACGCAGCUGGCAGAACUGGAGCUCUGCGCGGCCCGCGGGGAGGCGGAGGUCCGGGGCCUGGCCUCCCAGAUCCAGGCCUUCGAAGCCGCCCUGGAGGCAAAGGAGGCCAGGAUCGCGGAAAGGGACUCGGAGAUCGACGCCAUGAAGCGGCAGAAACUGGCCCAGUCUGCGGAGAUGGAGACCCUCCUGGCGGCCUUCCCCCGCUUCCCCCUGACGCUAGAGCAGCAGCCGCUGGCCGCGGAGGCCGAGGGCCAGGGCGAGCCCCCCGAGCUGCGGCGGCUGCGGGCCCAGUGUGUCCGCCUCGGCCGCCAGCUGCAGCUGCUGCACCUCCGCUUCCUCAGCUGCCAGGGGGAGCCGGACAGGCAGCAGGCGCAGGGGGCCCACCGGCACCCGCGUGUGGAGGGCCGCCCCCAGGGACAGGGCCCCAGGGCUGCAGGGGCCUCGUGGGACGAAGAGUCGCAGCUGCCCACAGACCCGCAGGGCCAGGCUGGGGACACACAGUGUACAGCUCCCGAGGACUCGCAGCUGGCCAAGGCCCCAGGGUGCUUCCGCCACCCGGCUCUGCACAGACAGGACAGCGUGAUGUCGGUGCUGGCUGCCUGCCAGAAGCAGCUGCAGUUGGAGCUUCUCUUGGCAGAGAACGAGAUGCACGUGAGGACGGAGGACCGCAGCCGAGGGCCAGGAGGGGUGCAGAGUAAGGGAAAACUCCUGGAAGAUUGUCAGCCGUGGGAGGUUGGUCUCCUAAGUCAGGUGAAGGAACUGGAGGAGAAGUUGAACCGUUUGCUGUGUUCUGUGAACUCCCAGAACCCUGAGACAGGGGAUUUCAAGCUUCAGCAGCCACUGGCGUCUCCACGUGCUCUGGAAAACAGUUGGAGUGAUCGUUCUGAUAAUGGUGAAGAAACGGAUAAGUCUCUUGUUGAAACGUCUCAUAUCGAGAAAACCACGUGUGAUCUGAUUGACCUCCAUAGAGGUCAGGAUCCACUGAUAAAAAAUGAAAUGUCAGAUGUUCCCGAGCAAGACCAGGUUGAUUUGCAGGACGGGUCACCUUGUUUACAAGCAGGCUUCCACGGUGGCUCCCGUGACCUGGCCCAUCCUGAGAGGCCCGCGCCCUUGAAGAACGCACUCCGGGCAAUGGAUCUGUCCUCCUGGAGCUCGCCAGAGGUUGUCAGGAAGGACUCGACCCUUGAGCCUGCACCCAGCCUGCCCCCGACACCGUGCUCGGAUGCCCUGAGCUUGGACGCCUCCCUGCAGGACAGGACCAGUGCCUCGCUGCAGGCAGACCAGGUGGAGCUGCUUGGGUACCUGGGUGGGUCAGCAGCAGGAAAGGCCUCCAGGUGGGCAGUGUCUCCCUUGGCUGCAGACAAGGUGCCCUCCGCUGACCGCCACGUGCAGUGGAUGUCUGUGGAGAAAGAUGUUGAAGAUUUUAUCGUAACAUCUCUUGAUGCUCAAGAAAAGCCCAGAACCUGUCCUCUCGGGUUUGAAGAGAAGAACAACGGAAGUGAAAACAGUGAUGGCUCAGGGUUUGGAGAAAUACUAAACCGAGGUUUGGGAAGACCCGAAACCCCCACUGCUAGUCCUACAGGGCCUCCUCCCACCUCUGGAAGGUUCGGACGGCCGCCGGAAGCCAUGAAGGAGAAGGAAAUCCAUCCGAAACAAGUGAAGGCUCUGCUGCAGAUGGUAUGUGACGAGAGCCACCACAUACUGGCCUUGUCCGAGCGCCACGGGCCACCCAGCACCCUGAGCAAGGGUGAGCCGAGUGCCCCCCUUGAGUGCUUCCCGAGAGAGGGCUCCGGCAUUUUGGAGGCGGUGCCGGCUCUGCGGAGACAUGCAACCCUAGCACUCCAAAAGGGAGAGAAGGAACCCCCCAACAUGUGUCUUGACUGGAGAGGAGAAUUUCUCCAGGUUGUGCAGGAGGCAUUUGGAAAAGAGUGGGAGGUGCUGAGGGCCGAGUUGCAACCGCAGCCCUGUGCUCCUGACCCUGGGGACCACAACUCCUUGCUGCAGCGGCUGGAGAAGGUGGUCCAGGAGCAGGAGAAGUCCUUGGAACACCUCCGUCUGUCGGACAGGAGCAGCUUGCUGGCGGAGAUCCAGGCCCUGCGCGCCCAGCUGCGUAUGACGCACCUGCAGAACCAGGAGAAGCUGCAGCAGCUGUGCGGGGCGCUGACCAGCGCGGAGGCCCGAGGGAGCCAGCAGGAGCACCAGCUGCGCAGGCAGGUGGAGCUACUGGCGUAUAAGGUCGAGCAGGAGAAGCGGAUAGCCAGUGACGUGCAGAAAACCCUGAAGGAAGAGCAGGAGAAAGCCGGCAGCACGCGGAAGCUCUUGGCAGUGGAGCAGACCGCCGUCCGAGACUUGAGAGCUGAGCUCCGCGAGUGCAAACAGGACAACGAGAGGCUGCUGGCGUCCCUCAGCGAGGCGCAGAAGGAGGUCCUGCAGCUAAGGUCUGUGCUGGACGGCAAGGAGAGCAGCCUGAAGGCUGCGCUGCAGGAGCUGGAGUGCGAGCGCGGGAAGGAGCGUGCCCUGCGGAGCCGGCUCGAGGAGCAGCGGCUACGGCACCUGCACGAGGAGGGCCAGAGCUCCAAGACCCUGGAGCAGGAGCUGAGGACAGCCCUGCAGCAGCAGUGUGCCCAGAGCAGCCGGCUGCGCGUGGCCCUGGAGCACGAGCAGACGGCCGCGGACAACCUGCGGCGGGAGCUGCAGAUCGAGGCCUCGCGCUGCGAGGCGCUGCUGGCACAGGAGCGGGGCCGGCUGUGCGAGCUGCAACGCAGCCUGGAGGCCGAGAAGGGCCGCUCGCGGGAGCUGGCGGCCGCCCUGCGGCACGAGCGGCUGCUGACGGAGCAGCUGAGCCGUGGCGCCCGCGAGCCCCCCGCGCAGCACACCCCACCGCGGAGGCCGAGGGACGAGCGGGCGUGCGCACCGGAGCCGCAGGCCCGGCUGGAGCAGAUGCAGCGGCGGCGGGUGUUGGAGCUGGAGCGGGACAAGGAGGUAAGGGCGGCGCACAGCCCUGGCACGGAGCCGCCCCUGGCCCAGGAGCCACGGCUCACAGCCGCGCGGCCGCCGGCGGGACUAGAGCGCGCACAGGCGAGGCCGGCCGCGCGGGAAGGACGCAAGGAUGCGAGGAGGCGAGCGGAGACGGGGCCGGGCCGGGCCAACACGGAGCUGAGGCCGUCAGGAGACAAGGAGAAACGGCGAGAGCUGGAGCUGCAGCGCCAGCGAGACGAGCACAAAAUCCGGCAGCUUCAGCGCACCGUGCAGGCCCUGGAGGCGAAGGAGGUGGCCCGCCAGGCCCCAGAGGCGGAGUGGCUGCAGGAGGAGCGGCUCGGCCUGGAGAAGGUCCGUCAGCAGCUGCUGUACGCCGCUGGGCUCCUGACCAGCUUCAUUAGCCGGACGGUGGACAGGACAAUUAGCGACUGGACGUCCUCGAACGAGAAAGCUGUGACGACCUUACUGCGCACGUUAGAGGAGCUCAAGUCUGAGCUGAGCACACCCGGUCCCUCCCAGAGAAAGAUGACAGCGGAGCUGCAGACCCAGCUGGUGGACGUACUCCUGAAGGACAACGACUCCCUGACCACAGCCUUGCGCACGGUGACGCAGGAGAAGGCAGAGCUGUGCCGGGCAGUGUCGCAGCUGGAGAAGUCACUGAAGCAGCACCUGCUGCGGCGCGGUGUGUGCAGUAGGCCGGACAAGUCUGCAUGGAAGCAGGAUGGGACGGGCUCACAGAGGUCAGCGCGACAGCCAGACCCAGCACUGCCCGCGCCGGCCGCACGCGAGGAGGCCGACGGCUGCGGUGUGCAAGUGGAGAAGUUGUACCUGCAUUACUUGAGAGCAGAAAGCUUCAGAAAAGCUCUGAUUUAUCAAAAGAAGUAUCUUCUGCUAUUGAUUGGCGGAUUCCAGGACUCUGAACAGGAGACGCUGUCCAUGAUCGCUCAUUUGGGAGUAUUUCCUUCCAAAGCAGAUAAGAAAAUUACACCUUCUCGCCCUUUUACGAAGUUUCGGACCGCCGUCAGGGUGGUGAUCGCGAUACUAAGGUUACGUUUCUUGGUUAAGAAGUGGCAAGAGGUAGAUCGGAAAGGAGCCAUCGUGCCAGGCCGAGAGCCCCGUCCAGGAGUCCCAGUUCCACGCCAGCAGCCUCCACCCAAAACCAGCACGUCCCCGCCAACCCGGGACGUGUCCUCCAGCCACGCCGGGGACCGUAUGCCCAAGGCCUCCCCUCGCAGGAGGGAAAGAUCCACUCCGUCCCCGGAUUCAAGAUCCGAAAGAUCCCUGACUGCUUCUCAAGACCCUGAACGUUCCUUGACGGAAUAUAUUCAUCAUUUAGAGAUGGUCCAGCAGAGACUGGGCGGGGCGCCGCCAGAUUCUGCUUCAAAGAAGUCCUGCCGCCAGAAGAUUAAACAAUGAAUAAAAUCCUGUGGCUCUUACCAUGACAGUUCCAUUUGAGGAAAAGAUUUUUUUUUCCCUUUUCUCAAGGAAGACUCGUGGCGUGGCGUGGCCUGUGGCGUGGCGUGGCGUGUGGCGUGGUGUGGCCUGCGCUCGGUGCCUGAGAUACCAGCCCCAAGAGCCGCUCACUGGGCGUCCCCACCUCCCUGCGGUGCUGGAGAGCCCAGUGGAGUAUGUUCUGUGUAACUGCCGUGUGUUUUAGCUCCUUAGCUUCCGAAGGUGACGUGCGUGCCCGUGGGUGACUGGCACCCGUCCUGCUCGGUGUGUGUGGCCAGAGCUGCCCAGCGGCCUCCUCGUUGUUGAUUUUCUUAAAGUGUACAGAUGGGAACUCGGUUUAAAAACAAAAACACCCCAAGAACAAAAAGAAUAAAAUCAAGCGCUCUUUUAUUUGUGAAAGGCCGUUGUGCUGUUUUUUAGUUCUACCCGAUUUGCCUCAUCAUUGGUGAGAAACCCAACAGACUUAGAAUUUAUGUUGAACUGGACGUCAGCGUUUUUGGUGGAAUGCAAAGUCCUCCUCACCUGGUAAAGACAGAAAGAUGGCCACUUGCCUUGUCUUUCUUGGUUUCUCAGUAUUUCCAUGGGGUUUUAGGACUUUGGAACGUUGUAUUCAUCUGCUGGGCGUAGGUUUUGAUGUCAGACGACUUUUUUGAGUGACCGCACAUUUCCACAAUCGAUUUUCCUUGUAACCUGCGGCCCUGGCGCACGUCUGUGUUCUCUGAGUGUCAGUGGACACGACCGUCAGGCCCGUCCGGUGGCCUUCCCGCCUCUUCUGCUGAGCUGUGCACUCCACCUCUUGGUCCCCGAGGCCAGGUCGUCCCAGCCCCAGGACCUGGAGCCCAGGCAGGGUCUCUUCAGUUUCAUGUCCAGGAGGAGAGUCACAGUGGUAGGUUCUCAAAUACUAAAUGGCUAGACCCUCAUGUGGGCGGGCUCGUAGGCAGUCCCCAGCAGCAGUGACCAUCAUGCCAGCUCAGUACCCGUGGGAGGUAAUCCCGAUGCCCCUGCCUUCCUCGGAGGAAACGCGGGGGAGAGAACCUUCUUGUUCACCGAGACGUGCAGGCCCGUUACUGGGCAGGAGGGUGGGGGAGGCGUCCUCUGCUGGGUUCCUGAGGACACCUCAGAGCUCGGCGCUGACAGCUUGCGUUCCGGUCUCAGCGGGUGCUGCUGUGUGGACUGUGGGUGUCUCCGGCGGCGGAUCCCGACUUGGAGGAGGAGGAACAAAGUGUGUGAGACCGUAUAAGACUGACCACGCCAUCAGGAGGACAAACACGGGCCUGUUCUCUCAAGGAGACAGGACCCAGUGCGGAGGUGAAGCUUAGUCCUUAAGUUGAGGGACAGCACCUGUGAAGGUAGUAUCGGGGGUCACUGAGGGUACAGCUGAAUCUGUACUGGACGGUAGAUUUUAAGGGAGUUGUUAGUUGCAAAUCUUGGGUGUGCUGACAGGUAACAGAAUGAUGCUUUCUUAGGCUUUGUACGCAGAAUUAUUAAGAAUAAGGAGCCACAACAGGGAAAUACAUAUCAGAACCACAGUGAGACCCCACCUCGCACCAGUCAGAAUGGCUAAAAUUAACCAGUCAGGAAACGACAGAUGCUGGUGAGGAAGGGGAGCCUCCUGCACCGUUGGUGGGAACGCAAGCUGGGGCAGCCGCUCUGGAGAACAGCGUGGAGGGUCCUCGGAAAGUUGAGAAUAGAGCUGCCCUACGACCCAGCGAUCGCACUACUGGGUAUUUACCCCAAAGAUGCAGAUGGAGUGA